CAAUACCCUGUCCACCACACAGGUAAUGUCAGGGUCCAUAGUUGUAGCAGCCCCCACCUGUGGACAACAUGAGUACCUGGAGAAUGGACAGUGUCUGCCCUGUCCCACCUGCCCCCCUGGGUAUGGCGUCUCGGGACCGUGUGGUUUUAGAGAAGGCGCCCUGACCACCUGCACACCAUGUGAUCCAAACCCGCUGGCAACCUGGCCAACCUUCUCAGAUUCAACCAACCAGGAGAGCUGCCAGCCUUGCAAACUGUGUGACAACUCUCACUACAGUGUGAACUGUAGUGCCACAACCAACAGUCACUGUGGACCUUGCCUCUUUGGGUUCUUCCGCACCCAUCCAGAGGAGGAAAACUGCCUCCCCUGCAAACAUGUGAUGACUCCUUAUGUAUAUCUUUGCCAAGAUUGGCUGGAUGCUCAUAAAACAACUACAGUUACCAUCACUGCGCCUCCUAUGGACAUUUCUACUGAACCGGUUACAACAACAAAGAACAUGAGAGUAACAUCAAACAGUGAUGUCCUUUCAUUGUCAUCAGAAAAUGAUUCCAAUGGGUAUAUCAAUAUACCAAUAAUUGUUAUAGCAGUCUUUGUUGGGCUUGGAGUAGUCAUUUUCAUUGCACACAAAUGUGGAUUCCUCCCAUGUCGUAAUAGGGGAAAUCCUGGUCCAGGUCCCAGUGUUUCUGCAGUUGAAAGUGGGGAUUCAGAAGCUGCAGCUGAACAAAGGGAUGACACAGAUGACCCUGAAGCUGUGCCGCAGCUGGACACAGAGCUCAUCAACUUGGGAGAAGUACAGACUCAAGAACAAGGAGAAGAAGAAACAGAUACUCUCCUACCAUCAAAAUCUCAGAGUUCAAAUAGUAUCACACCUGCUGCAUCAAGUGUAGACAAGGAAGACGAUGGGGACAGCUCAGAUGAUGACUCACAAAAUGGCAACAGCUCAUCCAAUGCUUCAUCCUCAAGUUCUCUUGAUAGUAAGGAUGGUGACACGACACCUGUACAUGUGAGCCAAGGGGAUGCAAAUGACUGUUCAGAUCCUUCCAGUGGAACAGAACUCAUAUUAAAAGGACCAAAGACUGCACAAUCUAAAAGAUCCAACAAGAGAGCCAGCUAUGGUAGUAACAGCCAGCAGAGCAGGCUGUCAUACCAGCUUUCACCAUCCUCAAGCAGUUCAGAAGGCUCUAUUAAUGGAACUGUAGAAGGGGGACUAUUUAAACAGAACAAUGCUGUACCCUGCAGAACAGCUAGUCCUGCUGUGGCCAGCCGUUCUACAGCUGUCCACUGGUCAGCUCAAGGGGGAACUGCCGAAGUUCUCAUCCAGGAUCAGAAUGCAUUUGGUACAUCCAACCAUGAUGUACACAAAGGGUCCAGGCCAGUACCGUUAGUGGAGUUGGAUGAUGGACGUUUGGUGAAUCAAACUGCUCGACUACAGAUUGAGCUAUCAACAGAAUAUUUCAAGAAGGCAGAGAAAGUGGAGAUGACUGAAGAAACCAGACAACUGUAUGAAACAGCAUGUGACAAGUUUGGAGGUCAAGGCAUUGAGCAGCUCCAUAGAGAUACAAGGGAUGUGCUGUCCAACUACCUGGACCCUCCACCUGAGAAAGAAGGAGCAUACUGCUACUGGGAACAUCUUGCAGACAGAUUUGGGGUCAAGAGACCCAUGUUACAAAAUCUGCAAGGAAUGAGCAACCUUCUUCAGCUUCUAGGGACAAGAAACAAUUGUAGCAUAAUGGAUCUUCUCAAUAAUGUAGCUGCUAUAAAAAGAUUUGAUGCACUUGAAGCAGCUUGUGUGUCACUCCACAAGACAAUGAAUUUUUCUGACGAGAUGCAAGUGUAGAAUAGAGUUUAGGAGAAUAUUAUUAACUGUUAGUCAUGUUAGUGAUGGAUUAUUCCUUUCAGCAUCUUUGGUUGCUACUAUUAUGUUAUAUUCAAACGUUUGGUUGUUUCAACAUGCAAACCAGCAAACAAAAAAAUAGCCUUUAACAAUUCCUAAAUAAACGUUCUUAAGCAAUACCUGGUACCUGCAGGUUACAUACAUGUAUUGUAAACAAAUGUAAGGAUAUAAUGAUAACAUAUAUUUCUUGUCUUUUUCUUUACUAUUUCAAGCAACUUAAGUUCAAUGCAAGUCAUACAUGUACUAGAUAAUAGAAUAUUUUGCCUCCCUUGUCGAAUAAAAAUAAACUAUAAUGGAUAGAAUCAAACCACA